AAAAAGUUUCCUUUCCCUUCCCCUUUUCUUUCAGGUUCCAGCACUCUCUCUCCACAGUAACAAGCCGUUCGCCUUCCUGGUAAUUCCUCUUCAUUGUUCUCUAAUCAUUAACUUUUAGAGUUGUUUGACUAAGGAUACAUCAGCACAAGCUUAAGGAAACUACAAGCACUGGAGCCGGUGAGAAGCACCAAUCCUCCUGAGUGAAGGGCAAAAGAGUUGACAAUGGAGUUCACAGCACUGCACAUACUCUGGCUUGUAUCUGCCUUCAGUUUGACAACACAAGAGUUGAAACUAAUUGUGAUUCCCAAGAUUACUGCAGAGUGUGACAAACAGGUCACCCUACAGUGCAGCGUGCCCUCAUCUGUAAAUGGACUAUCGAUCAAACUUAUGGAGUGGUCCCACAGCAGAACAUCUUGGUGUUCUGUGAACGGAGAAAGAAACAUCACAUACAAGAGAAAUACAUUAAAUGACUUCCAUUGUGAGUAUAAAGAGGGACAAUUGUCCGUCAUCUUCCAAAAGGUGCAGCCACUGCAGAGCGGACUGCACAUGUGCAAACUUCAAUCCAACAAAGGACCUUCGCAUGAAUAUACUACGGUGGAGUUAGAAGAGUGUUGUGGGACCGUGACGGGGGUUUUAACAAGUCGAGGCCCUUCCUGCACCUUCAAAAAUGUCUACCCAGACAGUGAUGUGCACUGGUUCAGCGGAUCCCACAAUCUAUCAGAUGGCUCUUUAAAGCACAACACUACUAAACGCGUGGAGGAAGGGGGUUGGCUGACUAUCCAUAGUGACCUGGAGCACAGAAGCUCAGACGUGCCCUUCAACUGCUCCUUGAAGAGCAGCACAUCUGGUAGAUACAUUGCAAGUGCUUUGGUUCAGAAAGGCCGGGCCCUGUACAAAUAUUCACAAUCCAAUGGAGUCAGAUCAGCGGGACCUCUGGGGACAUUUUGUCUGUGUAUUUCAAUCUUACUUGCUGUCACGCUAAAAUAAUGGAUUUGCCAAAAAUCCUUCCACAUCAUGGAGUGUGAUAAGGAUUAUUGUGAAGCAAUGCUUAACACUGAUUAAGAACAAUGAGUAACUCUGAGGUACUGAAGUUUAUGUAAUCUUUCAAAUUACAGGGUAAUGUACUCUCAGUUAAGUGAAUCCUCUUGCAUGGUCCAAAAGUGUAUUAUUCUACCUAUUAGCUCUUGGCUGAUGUGAGGACGGAAAUUACAGACUGCUGAGAGGCGAUAACAAGGGAGCUGAUAAUCAUUGCACUGUAUAAAAUACCACAGUUUUUUCUUUUUGAUGUAGAAUCGCAGGCGAGGGAGCACGGCAUAUCGGUUUCAUUACACAACAAAGACACACAAAGAAACACACAGAGAUACACUUAAAUAUAACUGCAAACACUCAAGGAGUUCAUUUGACUACCUGUUUGAUUUAGUCUUGAGUUGCGAACUUUCUAGCUGCAAAUUAUUUGCAGGAGCGUAUAUUUAUUUCUGAAAGGAUGAGAUGAAAUUGUAAGUUGGCAGGUGUGUUCACCAUGUGUCUGCAGGGCAGCGGUCAGUAUGUGACUGUUAACACUGUGAAAAUAAUAUCUGUCCAUCUUGAACAGAAUGCAGACCUCAGAAGAUGGGCUCUGCUGUAAAUUCCCUUCAGAAACAGUGAAGUCUGUGUGUGAAAUUUCAAAUAGCUGAGCACAGGAACUCUUGGCCAUGCAACAACCCCUGGGGUUUGUGGUUGGAUGCUGCCCUCUGGUGACUUAGUGGUGAUCAGUAAUACAUGUGACUGCUGUACAACUAAGUGGAGGGAAAAGGUUUGUUGUGCUCAGAGAAUGUAAAAAUGACUGCUUCAGUGCCCUGGCUAAAGCAGACAUGAGUAAGAAGACUGAUAAAGAUCAUUUCUCCAGUUGCACAUCUUCAGCUUGCGCUCUGUCUCUCACUACUUAUGUCUUUGCAGCCGUAGCUCGAAGCUAGAGGACAAACUCAGCUCCAAGGCUAAAACUCUACCUUUUUAACGGCUCAGUGCACCCUCUCCAGACAGGACAUUUGAGAGCCUUUUCAAGUCAGAAUGACUCUCUGCUAAUGGUGUCACUAAAUCUGCGCUAUGCCGGGGCAGGUUGAGCUUUUAGCAAGACAUUGCUGGGGCUGAGAGCCCACUGGGUAAAUAAAAACAAGGUCACCUUGACAAGUCCAGCGCACAUGGAUACAUCCAGACACAGACCUGACAAACAUAUAUGCACACAUACACGUCCACAUGAGCUGAGAUGUGAAAUAUUUGUGUUGUUGUCUUUAAUGUGUUUUAUGGAAUAAUCUAUCAAAAGCAGAAUUUUGAGAAAUCUUGCUACUGGCAUGUUUUUUAAAUAUCUUUUCUGACAAAGUGAAACAGUCUUAUUCCUACCAAGUAUGUGGCUGUGCACAGUUAAAGUGGUUUAGAUAAAUGGUCACAGAAUAUAAUGCUUUUGAGCAUGUUGAACAUGUUGAGCGAUGUUGAACAAAUUAUUCAAAUGAGGUGUGUAUCUUAAAAUUAACUCUUUAACUAAGCCUUAGAACAAUCACAGUCAUUUGCUUUAAAUGGAGCUGUAUGCUCAUCUAUUAUAUUAUGAUACAAAUGUAAACACUGCUUACAGGCAUGUUUUUGUUCUAUUAAUUCUAUUUGUGUAUAGAACAGAGAAAGUCUAAAUAAAUUAUAAUGUUCUUUUCAUUGUUUUACAA